GAAGGAUAAAACCGCUGACUUCCUGUAGUUUCUUAUAACAAAUGAAUACAUAACGCAGAAUAUAAACGUGUGGAAUAUAACAUCCGAAUCUGGGACCGUCGUGUGUGCAGCUGCUGUAAAUGCGGAUUGUUUACGGCUGUCCUUGCAUCCUUUCCUCCCUCCCCUUUUCCUCUUUCCCGGAGCGCCGGAGCGGUGGUGGUGAAACAGCGCCUACAGCUGCUCCCGCUGACCGAAGAUAGCGCCUGCAGAGCCGGUCACGGCCAUCAUAUCACACCGGCCUCUUGACUGGGUACGAUCCACAGCAAAGCAGGAAGCUUUUGAUGCCACGUUAUUGUGCACCUUCCUUCUGUGAAGAGAAGCGUACAACAUCUGGAUUGUAUUCAUCUUCACCUUCUCAGGUUUUUUCAGGAGUUUGUAUGUGCAGUUCCACUUGAUAUGGCUGUUCUUAAACUAGUCGACCAGCCACCCCUUGUUCAAGCCAUCUUUAACGGAGACCCUGAUGAGAUUCGUAUGCUCAUAUGUAAAUCAGAAGACAUCAAUGCUCUGGACACGGAAAAGCGAGCUCCUCUUCAUGCAGCUGCCUUCCUUGGAGAUGCUGAGAUCACAGAGCUCCUCAUUGUCUCCGGGGCACGAGUCAAUGCCAAAGACAGCAUGUGGUUGACUCCUCUCCACAGGGCAGUGGCAUCACGUAGUGAGGAGGCGGUUCGUGUGUUGAUCCGACAAUCUGCAGAUGUUAAUGCAAGGGAUAAAAACUGGCAGACUCCUCUGCACGUCGCGGCUGCUAACAAGGCUCUACGCUGCGCUGAGGUCAUCAUCCCACUCCUGAGCAGCGUUAACGUGUCAGACCGAGGCGGACGUACCGCUUUGCAUCACGCCGCCCUCAACGGUCACACAGAGAUGGUUAGCCUCCUCUUGGCCAAGGGAGCCAACAUUAAUGCUUUUGAUAAGAAAGACUGCCGUGCGCUGCACUGGGCUGCAUAUAUGGGUCAUUUAGAUGUUGUGUGUUUAUUGGUGAGUCAGGGAGCCGAGCUCAGCUACAAGGACAAGAGAGGAUACACACCAUUUCAUGCUGCUGCUUCUAAUGGACAGAUCGCUGUUGUGAAACACCUGCUUAGCCUUUCCGUCGAGAUAGAUGAAGCCAAUGCCUUUGGGAACACAGCUCUCCAUGUAGCAUGUUUUAAUGGACAGGACGCUGUGGUCAGCGAGCUGAUCGAUUACGGCGCUAACGUCAGUCAGCCGAAUAACAAGGGUUUUACGCCGCUCCACUUUGCAGCUGCGUCCACCCAUGGUGCCCUGUGUCUGGAAUUCCUGGUCAACAGUGGAGCAGAUGUUAACGUACAGAGUCGUGAUGGAAAGAGCCCUCUUCACCUAACAGCAGUCCACGGACGAUUCACUCGCUCUCAGACGCUCAUCCAAAAUGGUGGAGAGAUAGAUUGUGUCGAUAAGGACGGAAACACUCCGUUGCACAUCGCCGCUCGAUACGGCCAUGAACUUUUAAUAAACACCCUAAUCACGAGUGGAGCUGACUGCACCAGAAGAGGAGUGCACAGCAUGUUUCCCCUACAUCUCGCAGCUCUGAAUGCGCACGCCGACUGCUGCCGGAAGCUUCUCUCCUCAGGGCGGAGGUAUAGCAUAAUGUGCCCUCUCAGUAAUGACUCGGUCCUGUCUGCAGGCUUUCAAAUUGACACUCCGGAUAACCUGGGGAGAACGUGUCUGCACGCUGCGGCUGCAGGCGGUAAUGUGGAAUGUGUGAAGCUGUUGCUCAGCAGUGGAGCUGAUCAUAACCGCAGGGACAAGCAUGGAAGGACCCCUCUACACUAUGCAGCAGCUAGCCGUCACUUUCAGUGUCUGGAAACAUUGGUGUCCUGUGGUACCUGCAUUAACGCCACUGACCAGUGGGGGCGCUCUGUCUUGCACUACGCUGCUGCAUCUGAUCUGGACAGGAGGCGGCGUGUGGUCUUGGAGCCAGAGAGUGAGGGAGUUCAAGCGGAGAGAGAGAAAGAAGCAGCACAGUGUCUAGAGUACCUGAUGCAGCAUAGUGCCGCCCCAUCACUCAAAGAUAAGCAGGGCUACAGUGCUGUGCAUUAUGCUGCAGCGUAUGGACACAGACACUGUCUGAAGCUGCUACUGGACAGAGAUGACAACCAUCAGGAUGAGAUGGAGGAAAGCCAAACCAGAAGCCCGCUGCAUCUGGCGGCAUAUCACGGUCAUGCACAGGCUCUAGAAGUGCUCUUGGAGGGUCACUGCGAGGUGGAUCAGGGGGAUGAAGUGGGUCGGACUCCAUUAGCUCUCGCUGCCCUCAGGGGCCACACUGACUGUGCUCUCACUCUCCUGAACCACGGUGCAUCGCCAAGAAGCAGAGACACUGUCCGUGGACGUAUACCAAUCCACCUCGCAGUAAUGAAUGGUCAUACGCUAUGCGUGCGCCUCCUGCUGGAAGACUCUGAUAAUGCAGAUCUGGUGGACACAGCAGACUCUCAGGGACAGACCCCUCUCAUGCUGGCAGUUAUAGGGGGUCACGUGGAUGCUGUUUCUCUACUGCUGGAGCGUGAGGCCAGUGUGGAUUUGACUGAUCAUCAUGGUCUGACCGCUCUACACCUCGGGCUCUUGUUCGGACAGGAGGAGUGCGUUCAGUCUCUGUUAGAGCUGGAGGCAUCGGUUCUGCUGGGGGAUUCCAAGGGCAGAACGGCGAUCCAUCUGGCUGCAGCGAGGGGUCACGCCUCCUGGCUAAGCGAACUGCUUAACAUCGCCUGUGCCGAACCCCCCGUACCCCCGUUACGAGACAACCAGGGAUACACACCCCUACAUUGGGCAUGCUACUUCGGUCACGACGGCUGCGUGGAGGUUCUGCUAGAGCAACGUCACUUUCGACAGUUUGAAGGAAACCCCUUCACUCCACUUCAUUGUGCUGUGGUCAACGACCAUGAGCCUUGUGCCACCCUUUUACUAGAAACCAUGGGAUCAAAGAUUGUAGCUUGCAAAGACUCAAAGGGCAGGACUCCUCUCCAUGCAGCUGCAUUCGCUGGUCACAUAGAAUGUGUUCAGUUGCUCCUGGCUCAUGAUGCAACUGUCGAGGAUGUCGACCAAUCAGGACGCAGCGCCCUGAUUUUGGCAGCCGAGAGAGGACGAGUGGAGGUCGUAGAGGCUCUGCUUGCCAGUGGAAACGUUAACCUCAGUCUGACCGACCAGAAGGGCAACACUGCACUCCAUCUAGCCUGCAGUAAUGGAAUGGAGGAAUGUGCAUUACUCAUUAUUGGGAAGCUUCCAGACUCCGCCCUCGUCGCGACAAACGCUGCACUGCAAACACCUCUUCAUCUGGCUGCGCGCAGCGGUAUGAAGCAGACAGUACAGGAGUUGCUCUCUCGAGGUGCCAGUGUUCAAGUGCUAGAUGAGAACGGUCUCACCCCUGCUCUGGCUUGCGCUCCAAGCAGGAAAGUGGCUGACUGCCUGGCUCUCAUUCUGGCUACCAUGAUGCCUUUCUGCUCCCCUUGCAGCUCUGGAGCUCCCUCCCCAGGCGCCCUGCUGAAAGCUCUGCCCCACCACACCAAGAUUUCCCAGGAUCCUCGGAGUCCAAGGGACCCCUCCAGCGAGGGCACGACCACCGAAAACGACUCGGACUCGGAGACGUUUUGACCCCGGUGUUUUUCCCUGCUACCCCUCAUAGUUUUAGAAGCACAUGGCAUGAACCUCAUAGACGUUUGUAAUGAGAUUAUGGCACACUCGGUACACUUUCUUUCUGCCACACUUGUUUGCACAAGAUAUUUUUUUGUCUGAAGCCAUUUGACUCACUUUAAUAAUGAUUAGACGGAUGUCUUUUGUACUUUGAUGUUUGAGAUUGCCAAAUGUUAACUGAUUUCUCACAAUCACACUUGAAGUUCAAUGGAAAGUUCUUAACUUGUGGACUGAAAGCACAAAACCUGUGGAAGCACAAGGUCGUACACACAUGAACCUCUAUAGCCAAUGGGACCAAUUCACAUUUUUAGUAAAUAAGUGGAGUUACUGAUUCUCAAUGUAUGUGUUCCUAAAACUUAUUUGAGACCAUACAAAGUAAAUGAAAUCGGUAUAAUUUGAGGCAAAUCGAAUGCUGAUUUUUAGAAAGUACAUCAGAUGUACUUCACACGUAUUGUAUGAAAUGUUGUUAAAAAGAGAGAUUUUUAUUAGGUAGAGAUAUAGAUUUAUAGGCCUUGAUGGUCUAGUUUGCAUCUGAUGCUUUUGGACACUUUUCAUUCCGUUCCUUAGACAUUGCAGCAACGUUCAAAGAAAACGUGUCGUUCAGUUUUAGGUUCUAGUGAGAAGACAUGGCAUGUGACGCGAACCAGGAUGUUCAUACAGAUAUUUAUUACUAUAUAGUUAACAAUGGUACUAGAUUUGAAUGCACUUAUGUGUGAGUAAAUGGGUGUUUCAUAUUUGAACCCUAGAGUGUAAAAAAGUGUUUUUUUUCUCUACUGAAGUAUUUAUAAUUUGCACUGGUUGAUUUGAUUCCUUUUAAUGGUUUUCUAAUAUCUGUCACAUACCAAUUUCUCCUAAAAGAUAAAAAGCUGCCAACAAAAACGGUCUUUCAAAAACUCAAUGAAAAUGUAAACCGUCGUGUGUUUGUUUGCCAUUGUCUUACAAUGUGCCAGUUUCGGAAGCAUGUCCAGUGCCUUGUUCUUCAAUUUCAGAUUUUUUUCCUGUGUGUUUGUUGUAAAUUUGAAGAGAAGUCUUGGUUAUUCAGCUCACCUGCCCGCCAUAAGCCAAUGGUUCACCAUUCCUGAUGUUUGUGCCUAUGAGUGUGUGUUUGCUACAGAAAAUACAAAAGUGUUACAUAUCAACUCACGGAUGUCAUCAUGACAAGAGCAAAACUUGCACACAACUGUCUUGUAACAAAAGCACAUAGUUGAUUUUCAAUACGUCAAAUGAAUUGAGUGCAAGGAUGCAGAGGAAUGAAAUCAAGCAGUAUUAUACUAGAACAAAAGCUUUGAGAUGUGUGACAAUCUUCUUGUAGAUCAUGUGUUUCCACUGCAAUGUAACAUGGAAGGUUCUUUGUCAGCUCAAGUUUCUUUUUAUAAAUUGUAUGGCUACAUAAAAUGUUUUAACAGUUUAA